AUGUGUAUACUAUCUGAAAAAUUUGCCAGAAUUGAACCACCUAUUAAUAGAUUUGGGUCACAUCUUAAUAGUCAAGGUGUGACUGUAAAUGAGGACUUGGCAAGACAUAACUUUGAAUUUGCUGAUAAAUGUUUGUGUGAAAUUUGGAAGCAUAAUAAGAUUCAUGAAAAGCAGGCCUUUGCACAUAAUGAUAAUUCUAAACUUCUUAUUGAAUCCACAAAUAAUACAUCAUCUACUCAGCUAAUCUUUUCUUUAAAAUCUAUAAAACUAUAUUUAACUGUGAAAGAAGUUAUCACAUUAUUAGAUCAUCUUGAUACUCAACAAAUUAAAUUAAGUAAUACAGCCUUUUUAGAAAACUUCUUAAAUCUAUCUUCUAUUGGUCUCUCUCACAAACUUGAAACUUCUUAUUUACUAGAAACACUUUCUGAUAUUGAAUAA